AUGGAACAGGUUCUACCAAAAGAUGCCGAGUUCUUUAAAAUAAAUCAACUUUACGACGAAUGUCUAAAUUACUUGCAAGCUAUCAACAAAUUUGAUCCAUCUAAUGAAGACGUAAUCCAACCUCUUAAUGAAAAAAAUGACCAUAUUGACGACGACUAUGAACACCCAGAAUAUGAAGCCAUACAGCCCAAGCACGCUAUGGAACCUGAAGCUAUUAACACUGAUACUGAUAUAUAUGAAGAAUUGUCUCAAAAAGAAACAUCAGUAUCAUGUGAAAAUAUUACCAAACCAAAUCAUAUCAAUAGCACUAGCCAUCAUAAAGAGGAGACCAUAGAAGUGAAGAAGAAUAGACUAAGAAUACCUAAUAUUGGUUUCAAAGUUGAAAAUGAAUUCAUAAACGAAAGCACAAGUUCAUUACCAGUAGAAACAAAAUCAGAAAGACUUAGAAGACUAUCUGAACAAUUGCCUAAAAUUAUAAUUACGAAAAGCAACUCUACAAUAGAGGUGAACAGUCGAGAAACCAUCAAAUUGGGUGGAAAGUUUCAAGUACCGAAACAGCAGAAGAAGCCUGUGUUUACUCAUUCGAGGACACCGUCUUCGCACCGCAUGAAGACUGGAUACGGUGAUUUUCCAAAGCGGCUGGUCUCAAAGAACGGCAUUGAGAACGUAGCACUCAUCUCCAACGUGCCUUUUGAGAGACUUAGGCUGCUUAAUGAUACCUUUCACACUUUGAUAAACCUCCGCUGGCGUUGGAUCGUGGUGGGCACCGUUGUGGUUCACUUUGCGAUCUGGUUGGUUUUCGCAGUGUUCUGGUACAUUUCUGCGCUUGCGCACUACGACUUUGCGCCAGAUCCGCCGCGCCGCUCCUGCGUCACCGGCGGGAAGGACUUUGUCACUAUCUUUCUUGCUUCUGUUGAGGCUCAGACAACCAUCGGAUUCGGAGACAGAGCGAUUGAUGAGGAGUGUCCGGAAGCUAUAUUCUUGUUUAUCAUGCAGUUAAUCCUUGGCACAGGGUUGUCAGGUGUUCUAACAUGCGUAGUAUAUGCAAAGCUGACCCGGCCAGAGAAGUUGUCUAGAGAUGGCGUCGGGUUUAGCAAGAAAGCUGUGGUGAGCAUGCGAGACGGCCGUUUGUGCCUCAUGGUGCGUGCUUGGGACCUCAACUACGACCACAUCAUCGGAUCUGAAUUCAACGCGCACUUCAUACAUACUUACAAGACCAAAGAAGGCGAGAUAAUUCGCUACUACUCCCAAGCUCUGCCUUUGCAGACCCAACAGUUCUUACUGUGGCCCGUGACGUUGGUCCACGUGAUCGAUGACGCCAGCGCACUGUAUCAUUUUACGCCUGUGCAGCUUGCUAAUAGCAACUUCGAGAUAGCGAUAAGCCUGAAGGGUGCUUCUGCGUCGAUGGGUACAUUCACGCAGAGCCAAACCUCGUACACACCGAAGGAGAUCGUGUGGGGAUACCGUUUUCCGCCAGUUGUCAAAUAUGACAGCCGCAAGCAGAAAUACGUAAUCGAUCACAAGAAGCUAAAUGCUACAGAAGCCAUCGAUACCCCUUACUGUAGCGCCAGCGAACUCAACAGUUCUGUCGAAGACACAGUGGACUCCAGCUCAGUUCGUGCAAACACGCCAUCGAACUUCAGCGACCAGAUCUCCGGCUUCGUUCUCAACAGGACUUCAUCCUUCCGCAGGAAGGACGGAAAGAUAUGAAGUUGUUAGAAUAAUGACUGUUAAGUGUAGCUGGUGGGCCCGUGUUUUCUCGACCCGAUUUUGUUUUAUGCAAAUUAAUAACAUUUCGAAUAGAAACGAGACGGGUGAAUCGGACACAAAUGGAAGAAAGCCAGCACAGACCCGAUAAAAUGGCUCUAUUUGGGCAAAUAUUUUAUUUCAAGUAUUUUAAUUUAGAUUGACUUAAACUAUAUUUGUUAUAGUUUACUAUUCACUAUAGUAUUUGUUAGUUGUGUUUCUAAAAUUCAUUUUAAAUAGAAAGAGGUAGCUCCGAUUCGGAGUAAGUGCCUACCUCUUGUUAAAAGACAGAAGUUCCUAUAUGUAUGCAUUUUAAUAUUAGAAAUUUGCUUAGAAAUAUAUUUUGGCAUUGAUUCCUAUUUUUUAUAUAUUUUCCAUAUCAGCCCAUAGAAGAUAGGCAGUUCUUGUCCUUCAAAUAUAAUUAUAAAUAUAAUCUUCGAUGUAUUACGUUCAAAGUGAUAGCUGAAAGCUAGCUGUCAGUUCUUACUGUUAGGCAAAACAUGCACUGAGCUGUGACAUAUUUGGCUUGCUGUAGCACACUCAGUUAUUGUUUUACCUCUAUUGGUUAGGUUGUUUGCUUUUCUUUUUGUUUCUUUCUUGGUUUUAUUUUCACUGAUUUUAAUUUCUGUUUCGAUUAUGUAAUUAUUUAAAAUGUAAACGUUUAGAAUUUCUUUCUUUAUUAUUUUAUGCAGUUGUGUAUGCUUAUGGUAAGUCAAUAAAUAUUAUCUAUCUAGAACUAUAUAUGUUUAACUGUGUAAGACUAACU